UUCAGUCCAAAUUCUGCAUUUAAGUAAAAAUUUUAUUAUUGCAAAUAAAUCUUAUGACGUUGUUAUGAACAGUGAUGAUCCAUCUGUUAAGGUUUCUUUACAACUGCAGCUACGAAAGUUGCAUCCAGAAUUAAUAAACCAGAAGCUUGCACAUGACUUUCACUUCGUGCAUCGUUUGGACUUUGCAACAAGUGGUGCUGUUUGUAUUGCUUUACACAAACGUGCAGCGAAAGCAGCUGCAACAGCUUUUGAAUCAAGAAAAACGAAAAAGUAUUACGUGGCCAUUGUUCGAGGACAUGUUGCUAAAGAGCUUAUGGACAUUACAGAUCCAAUUGGUGAAGACAAAAGGGAACGACAUGGUAACCAUCGCAUGUGUCUGGCUUCUGAUCCUAACAGCUGUUACGCAAAAUUUGCACAUACACGAUUGCUAGUUCUUCAGCGUGGGCUUUAUGGAACAUAUCCAGCCACAAAAGUAUUGUUAAGGCCAGUCACUGGAAGAAGGCAUCAGCUGCGCGUUCAUUGCAUGAGCAUAGGUCACACCAUUGUUGGAGAUUACACGUAUAGUAAUAAAAACGAUAGUUUACCAACUCGAAUGUAUUUACAUUCUUAUAGGCUGGUUAUACCAAAUGACAUUGAAUCUAUAGAUAUUCAGACUGCAGAUCCAUUCGAAAAUGAAAAUAAUCCACACACAUGGAUGGUGGUAGAAGCUUUAAAUGACUUAGAUGAAAAUGUAUUCAAGAAAUUGGACACCCAAGACUGAAGGUCUAAUUUCUUGAUGGGAUCUAUGGACAUGCGUGAAUGAAUGAAAAAGAUAAAUUUACUUUCCAUAGAGGUGAUUGAAGUGACACACUGGGUCAGACAGUGGGUUUAAUUCCCUGUAAAAGUUAAUGAAGUGUUGUCCAUUAACGUAUGUCUCCCUGCUGCAAGGAAUUGUUCCAGGAAGAAAUAUGUGAGCUGAAUUGCACGCCGGAAAGUGCAGUUUGAGCAAGCUACAUUAUUGCACUGAAAACUGCAAAAACUGGAAGACCUUUUAUGAAUGGCUAAUUUGUAAAAGAGUGUUUUGUAGAGUGUUUGGAGGUAAUGUAGAGUGUUUGGAGGUAAUACACCCAUCUGUAGUGGCCCAGUUUGAGGUGGUAAGCUUGUCUGAACAUACAAUUUCUCGAAGAGUGCAAGAAAUUGGUGCAGAAUUAAAGGAGCAGUUUUGCAGUAAAUGUUGUAUGUUUGUAGAGUACUUGAUUGCCUUUGAUGAGAGCACUGACAAUCACAGCAUAGCUCAACUUACAAUUUUUGUAAGGGGUUUCAAAAAAGAUGUUAUUGUUACUGAGGAACUGUUGCAUGUUAUUUCUUUGAAAAAUACCACAGUCAGGGAAGAUAUUUUCCUGGCUGUAGAGGUGGUUUUGAACAAUAUACAGUUGUUACUAGAGUGCCUAUACAGCAUUGCAACUGAUGGGGCCCCUGCAAUGUUGUUGGAAGGGGUAGAUUUUGUAGGACAUAUGAAAAAAAAGUACACGAAUCUGAGCUUCCCCCAGUUUUGACAGUACACUGUCUUUUACAUCAAGGACAGCUAAGUGCAAAAUUUUUCCACAAGUUAGGUCCAUCGUAGAUAAUGUUGGAAAAAUUGUGAGGUUUUGUAGACAGCAAAGCUUGAAUCAUCGGGAAUUUAAAGGAUUCUUGGAGGAUAUUUAAUCAGUUCACAAAGAUAUGCCUUUUUAAUUGCGCUGCACGAUGGUUAAGUUGCUCAAAAGUACUCUGUCUUUUUUUCAUUUGAGACAAGAAAUAGCUCUGUUCGCUAAUAGGAAAGGUUUUCUACAGUCAGACUUGGAUGAUGAUCAACAUAUCGCUAACCUCGCUGUCAUGAAAGACAACAUGGGGUUGCAAGCUAAAAAUAAAUUAAUCAGUGCUAUGUGUGACUAUACUGAAAGUUUCAUAUUGCAUCAUGUGCUUUUUAAAAGCCAGCUUCAAGGAGGAAAUUUGUACAAUUUUCCCCUCCCUGAAAUUCUUGAAUUUAGGUACUUAUGAAGACAUAAACUGAGUAAAAUCUGCACCCAAAGUGUUUAUGAUGCCAUUUUCAGUGUGUGCCCACAGGAUGCCCCAUCAAGCGUCCAAGUUGAGCUGAUAAAACUAAAGUCCAAUUCAGUUUUGACAGACUGCUAUUAUCAUUACAAUGGUGAUUUGAUUUUAUUGUAUAAAGGCACUGAUCAACAAGAAUUCCUGAGGAUUCACGCCCUUGCCCUGAAAUAUAUAGCUAUGCUUGGGACAACAUUAGUUUGUGAACAAAUGUUUUCAAUUAAGAGUAUUAACAAAACAAAACAAGGUCAAGUUCAUCUGAUGCUUUGUUGGAAGCUAUGCUUCAAAUUUGCAACUGCCAAAAUGAUUGUUCCAAAUAUCGGAAAAUUAGUUGCUUCAAAAUAGUGCCAAAGAUAAACAAAGAAUGUUGUAAAUU